AUGGCAAGGAGAACUCGGGGCAGACAGGAGGAGGAUCUGUGCUCCAGUGGAGUCACCAUCCUGAACCAGGACUUCUCCUCGGCCCUGGAGACCCUGCAGGAGGCCCAGUCCACGGCCAUCGGAGCCCCCAAGAUCCCUGAUGUGCGCUGGGAGGACGUUGGAGGUCUUCAUCAGGUGAAGAAGGAGAUCCUGGACACGGUGCAGCUCCCUCUGCAGCGCCCGGAGCUCCUGUCUCUGGGUCUGAACCGGACCGGGGUCCUGCUCUACGGACCCCCAGGGACCGGGAAAACCCUGCUGGCCAAAGCCGUGGCCACUGAGUGCUCCAUGACCUUCCUCAGUGUGAAAGGCCCAGAGCUCAUCAACAUGUACGUGGGUCAGAGUGAAGAGAACAUCAGAGAAGUGUUCCUCAGGGCCCGCUCAGCAGCACCCUGUGUGAUCUUCUUCGAUGAGCUGGACUCUCUGGCUCCCAGCAGGGGGCGCAGCGGGGACUCUGGGGGGGUGAUGGACAGAGUGGUGUCUCAGCUGUUGGCCGAGCUCGACGCCCUGCAGUCGUCCGUCGGGGUUUUUGUCAUCGGAGCCACAAACCGUCCAGAUCUGCUCGACCAAUCGCUGCUGAGGCCCGGCAGGUUUGAUAAACUGGUUUAUGUUGGAAUCAACGAGGACCGAGGAUCCCAGCUGCAGGUUCUCCAGGCCAUCCUCAGAAAGUAAGAACUGCUUGUUUCUUUCUAACGGCCCGUCCACACUACAGCUUCGACAGCUUCAAAAAC